AUGGCGACCGUAUCGCAGGCGGCGGCGAGAGCACCGUACUCCGUCGCUGUGUCGCUCGGCGGAAGGGCCGCGCAGCGAUUGGCGCAGAGCACCCAUUCCUUUCCCAAGGCCUUCUUUUCGGGUCUCAGUCUGACCCAAGUGAGCCUAUCGGGUGAAGCCAAAUCGUCGCACGUCGCGCAGAGGCACGUCGCCAGCCGUCGUGGCGCUCGUUGCGAUGCUGCGACGGCGGGGAGCGACGGGAAGCCGCGCGUGCGAUUCGCGCCGUCGCCGACGGGGAACCUGCACGUGGGCGGGGCUCGCACGGCGCUCUUCAACUGGCUCUUCGCGAGGGCGACAGGCGGCAAGUUUGUGCUGCGCGUGGAGGACACCGAUCUGAACCGCUCCACACCGGAGUCCGAGGCCGCCAUGGUGCGCGACCUGCGGUGGCUGGGACUCGACUGGGACGAGGGCCCAGACGUGGGCGGUCCUCUGGGACCAUACCGCCAGUCAGAGCGCAACGAGAUCUACCGCGAGCUCACAGAGAAGCUGCUGGCGUCGGGCAUGGUGUACCGCUGCUUCUGCACUGAUGAGGAGUUAGCAGCAAUGAAGGCGGAGCAGGAGGCGAAGAAGCUUCCUCCCAAGUACGCGGGCAAGUGGGCGACGGCCAGCGAGGAGGAGGUGGCUGCUGAGCUGGCAAAGGGCACGCCGCACUCGUUCCGAUUCCGCGUGCCGCCCAACAAAGUCAUCAAGAUCAACGACCUCGUUAGAGGGGAGGUGGCAUGGAACACGGACACGCUAGGUGACUUUGUGGUGCUGCGCAGCAACGGGCAGCCGGUGUACAACUUCUGUGUCACUGUGGAUGACGCCACCAUGAAGAUCUCCCACGUCAUCAGGGCGGAGGAGCAUCUGCCCAACACUCUGCGCCAGGCGCUCAUCUACGAGGCUCUGGGUCUGCCCAUGCCCACGUUCGGCCACGUGUCGCUCAUCCUCGCCCCUGACCGCUCCAAGCUCUCCAAGCGCCAUGGCGCCACAUCUGUUGGACAGUUCAAGGACCUGGGCUUCCUACCAGAGGCGAUGGUGAACUACCUGGCGCUGCUGGGGUGGAACGACGGCACAGAGGACGAGAUCUUCACGCCCUCGCAGCUCGUUGAGAAAUUCUCUCUCUCCCGGGUCACCAAAUCCGCCGCCAUCUUCGACAACGCCAAGCUGCGGUGGAUCAAUGGCCAGCACUUCCGCCAGCUCCCUGAGGAAGCUUCCACGCAGCUGCUCGCCGAGCAGUGGCACGCCAGCGGGCUGCUGGCGUCAGCAGACGCGACCAGCCGCACCGCGCAGGCAGCAGCAGCGUUGGUGCGCAACGGGCUGGAGCUGGUCACAGAUGCGGACGAGGCACUGCAGGCGCUGCUGGCAUAUCCGCUCAAGGACACACUCGCCAGCGAGGAGGCCAAGGCAGUGGUGGAGGACGGGCUGGAGGACGUGAGGACGGCGCUGCUGGCGGAGUGGGAGAGCGGGGCACUGCUGGCAGCAGUGGAUGGCGGCGCUGCCACGUGGAAGAAGUGGAUCAAGGGGUUUGGCAAGGCCACUGGUCGCAAGGGAAAGCGCCUCUUCAUGCCCAUCCGUGUGCUGCUCACAGGGCGCAUGCAUGGGCCAGACGUGGGGGAGACACUCACCAUGCUGCAGCACGCAGCAGCGGACAAGGCACUGGGCCCCAAGGCACACUGCGUGGGGCUGGAGGAGAGGAUUAGUAUCCUCAGGGAUGCGGACCUUACUGCUGCCCCUGCCGGUGCUGAGGCUGUGGCUGCCAGCGUGGCGCAAUGA